CAGCCCACUGCACACAUGGGCCAUGAGUGCACAGUGUGCCGGCCCAGCCCACCUCCCAUCUCCAUCUUCCUCUGUUCACAGAAGCCCCCGUGGACGUCGAGCGCACGUCCAUGGCGCCGAUGGCCACGGGGCAGCCAUCCGCCGGUGCCCCGAGAGGAUAAGAGACCCCUCCUCGCCCUGGAACAAACCCUAGCCCUCAAUCUUCCCCCCUCCCCGCGUUGUUGCUCUCUCCCCCACACCCACCCGACGCCACCAUCGUCGCGUCGAUCCUGCGGCCACCGGCCUCCCCUCGUCGCGCCAAGAGGUCCAGGAGAACCGUCGCGGUCUACUUCGUCUACCCCGAGCUCUGAAUCGAGCAAGGACGGCCCGUACACUCGCCAUCGACCUCGUCUUCAACGCAUACAUCGCCGGCGUCCGGCGUCGAUUUCUACCGCUCCGGUCCACUUCCGGCCUCCCCGACCUCGCCUUCGUGCUCACUACCCCGAGACCGUUGCUGAUGCCCCGGUGAUCGUCUACGCUACCGACGACCCCUCCUUCUCGCCUGAGCAACCAGAUGACGGAUUCGAGGAGUCAUAUAUCACCCCCGACGACUACUACUACCCGACGGAGCUUACUACUACGUGGAGGCCGUCGAUGACCAGGAGUAGUUAGGAGGCUCCCAGGCAGGAGGCCUUGCCUUUUCGAUCGUUAUUGUUGUUUGUGUUAGCCUUCUUAAGGCAAACUUGUUUACUUAUGUCUUUACUUAAUAUUGUUGUUUCCGCUGACUCGUUUGUAUUCGAGCCCCCUGGCUUGUAAUAUAAAACUUAUAUAGCUUUAAUUUGUGUCUAGAAUUGUGUUGUGAUA